GUUGUUGCCUCGGAGUCGCCCUAUACGAAAUAUUUCAAACUGAUAACACAAAAGAACAUCCUGGUAAGUAGGUAACUGGGACUCAGAGAGAUUGUACGCAUAUAUGCCAAACACAGGACAUUUCUGUCUAAAUUUAAAUUUAGAUACAGACAUUUUGAGUUCUGUGUUCUCUUGAGAGGAUAUAAGUGAAGGAACUCGAUGAAAAAAUAAUUAUGUGGAGACCUGUCCGAACGUGUCGUAUGGCGCAGGGAAAUGAAUGUAAGUGAUAGAACUCGGCGAAAUCACCGACAAGAGUGAAGGAACUCGAUGAAAAAAUAUUUGUGUGGAGACCUAUCCGAACGUGUCCUUUGGCGUAGGUGAAUGAAUGUGAGUGAUAGCACUCGACAAAAUCAACGUCAAGAAGUGUGGCCGCAAGCCGAUUUUCACCUUGCGCUGUGGCGCGCCGCAUUUUCGCUCGUAUCUCGGAAACGAUUCGUCCUACGGCCUUGAUCACAUACCAUUUCGGUAGCAAAUGACGUGACAAAUAACUUUUGUUUUAUACAUUUUGCCAUGAGAUGCGUAUUUCAGGCGCUAGGUGGACAAUUUCACGAUUUUAGGCGAAUUUCCAAAAUUUCAAGGCCGGAGUUGGGGUUGAAGAUGCAAUCCGAUCUCAAAACAAAAAGUUGCAUUGGAAUUAGGAAGUACUAAGGCAACUUUUCCGCACUAUUAGAAAUACCGAAUCGAAAAAAGUCCGGAAUCGACCCACCCUAGUGUGCAUCCCAAAGGAAACGCACUCUAAUCUAACGAACUAAGAGGGACACUUCAUAAUUCCCACAAUAGUGAUAUGGAUGAAUAAACCGUAGGUUUUACGCCCAUCUCCUAUUGUGGAAGCAUGAGGAUACCCGAACCAACACCACCCUCAGCCAAGGUGUCGAGGUACCCGUGCCGAGGGCUGCAUGGUCAGCGGGGGGUAAUAAAUAGCUGAUCGCGAACGGUCCCCUCCGAUGCCCGGGCGAGGUCGGAGGUAUAAAUCGCCUUCUCUCCGUAUACCGGCUCUGCGGACGAGUGACCAACCCUUUCCGGUUUACUUGUGGGACCAAAAUAUGAACGAAAACAAUAACAAAACAACAACAACAAAAACUACAACAACCAUGACGACAACAGCGACGACUAAGGAUAUGAACUAUAGGAAUCCUAUUACGGAAUCCGAAGAAGACGAACUACUUGCCUCCACCCAGGAGACGAGUAAGAGUACUACCGGACAUACCAACCAAAGUAUACCGGUAGAUACAGCAGUGAAAACCUCAGAUAUAAGGGAGAAACCGUCAACCUCCAAGGCAGCCAUGAGCACCAACCAAAGUGCACUGGCGGCUAAAGGAGAAAGCAAAAAGAAUCACAAGAAAUCCCAGAAUCAGCUGAGCAAAAACCGGUACCAGAGGGCGGUCUUCAUACUAGGGACGAUAGCCAAAGACCAGGCAGCCGGUACCCCAGUUGAUGAGGCCGAAACAAAGCGCCUCAAAUCUAUCGUCGAGAAAUAUGAAAGCUACCUGAAAAGGAAGAAAUCACAACCUCAAGAAGAGAGCAAACAAGAGAGCACUUCUCAGAAAAGAAAUCACUCCACCACAGAAGAACCCGGAACUUAGCCCAAAAAACCGAGGAGGAGUGAAGGUGAACACAGCAAACCACAACAACGGCAAGGCAUUUCUGCGAUGUAGCCAGGGAUAGCCUUCAGGUGGCCAUUAUAGAUGGAAAUUCCUCCUCUCCGAGCACUUUACGAGAGAGGUUUGUGGAGAUCGACGUCAGAUUGUCGAGUAUGGUGCUAAGCUAUGUACUCGACAAUCCUGCGGGUCCUCACCCGGAGUUUGACUCCUCUGAGACCCUCAGGGGGUGCAGGGUCAUCAAGUGCGCGGACCAGGCCUCGCUAGAUUUCCUGACGGGUAGUGUUGCUAAAAUUAGCAACGCCUUUGAAGGCUUCCAUUUGAGGCUUAUACCCGCCAGGGACAUUCCGAAGAGACCUCGUGCUCGCAUUUGGCUACCCCCACUAAAGGAUACAGGCGAAUAACUCCUGAGGUGCAUUAAGCUGCAGAACAAAUCUAUACCUGUUAUAGAUGAGUGGCAGCUUAUCAAGGAGGAAAAACCGAAUAAAGCAAGCAAGCCAAUACUACUUAGUGGCCAUUUGCGAUGAGUUCAUUGAGGCUCUGAAGAAGACUGCCUACAAAAUCAGCUUCGGAAUACGCAAGGCCAGACUAAACAUCUUCCAAGGCGACAAAGCGGCUGACGAAGACGACACGGAAGAGGUCGACGACGCCAGCCAGUUGUUAAGGAAUAUGAGCAUUGCAGAAACCCGAGAUGCCCAAUAACAAUAACAUAAGAUGCGUACAGAUUAACCUGCAGCACUCGAAGAGUGCUACAGCGAAUCUGACAACCCUCGUGAACGAGGGGGGCAUCGACAUCAGCCUAAUACAGGAGCCCUGGGUCAAUGAAGAUUCCAUAAAAGGGCUAAACAGCAGCAAUUAUAACCUGUUUUACACGCGGAACAGAGGUAAACCUAGGGCAUGCAUUCUUAUCAAUAAAAGUAUAAAUUCAUUUCUUUGUCCUAAUUACAGCACAGCAGAUAUCACAGUGGUGAAGGUGGAACAGAAGGAAAAGCCCUUCUUCUUGGUCUCGGCCUACUUGGCCCAUGACGAAGACAUACCACCGGCCCCGCUGACUAGGCUAGUAGAGGAGAACAAGAAGGAUGAUGUCCUAAUAGGGUGUGAUGCAAAUGCAAGGCACACCGUAUGGGGUAGCUCCAGUAUAAACACCAGAGGUGAGUCACUCUUGCAGUAUAUUUUGAAUAGUAAUCUAAGUAUUUGCAACAAGGGCGAUAAGCCAACUUUUAUUUUCCCAAGCUCGGAUAGGUUUCCGGGUUGGGAGAAAGUGCUUGACCUCACGCUAUCGGCAGACACAGACAGUCUCGUUGUGGAUAACUGGAGGUUAUCCGAUGAGCCUUCCAUGUCGGAUCACUCCUGUAUACUCUUCAGCAUCCGCGAGAGGUACAGUGCGCCUCUCACAUACCGGAACCCUAGAAGAACGAAAUGGGGAAAUUUUACCAGUAUAGCAACAAAAUCCCUCGAAAAGGAAGGCAAUAACAGUAUCAGAAAUCCAGAGGAACUAGAUUCAGAAGUAGAGAAGUUGGAAAAAAUCUUAACCACAACUUUUAAUAAAUCUACUCCGCUAACAGUUUUGAAAAAGAGAAAGUCUCUUCCUUGGUGGAACAGUCAUCUCAAGAAUUUGAGAACACAACUAAGGAAAGCUUUCAGUGAGAGUUUUAGAACCAAAAUCUGGCAGUCAUAUAAAGACAUUUUUAAGGAAUACAAAAAAGCAGUCAGGAAAGCUAAAAAUGAUUCAUGGAGACCAGAACCACCGCUGAACGCAGCUGACUAUCGAAGCCAAAUAGUAGACAAAAGAAAAAUCAAAUAUGCCAUAAAUAGUUUUGCACCAUUUAAAGCGGCAGGUCCUGACGGGUUUAUGCCUAUAAUGCUGCAGAAACUGGUAGAACCAAUGGUUCUAAGGCUUGAAAAUAUAUACAAAGCAAGCAUUCAACUAUCUUACAUCCCAAGAAAUUGGAAAAGGAGUAAAGUUGCGUUCCUUCCGAAACCAGGCAGAAGAAAACACGAGAAAUGCCAAGGAUUUUAGACCUAUAAGCCUUACCUCAUUUAUGCUGAAGGUACUAGAAAGGCUAAUAGAUCUACACGUAAGAACAAUAAUGGCGGAGAAGUUAUCGAAGUCCCAACAUGCGUACAUAAAGGGCCGAUCAACCGAAACCGCCCUUCACGAGAGUUAAGGAACGUAUUCCUUAUAAUAGUAACAAACAACAAAACAAUCUUUUGUUUCAGUAAAUAGAAUGCAUCAAAACAACCUUGAGUUGGAACAACUGAAAUGCACUAUCACUAAAACAAACAAUCCCAAACAAAGAAGUAACAAAACAACAUUGAGUUUGAAUACCACGACAACCUUAUCUUAAAACAAAGAAAUUAUAUCUAAGCGAACAAUAUAUAUGUAAACAAACCUAAACAAAUAAUUAAUCUGUAUGUAGACAAACUAUCAACUAUUUAGUAAUAAGUAAAUAUACUAGUUAGUAUAAAUAGAAGUAAGAACGAUGUAAUAAGUCAGUCUUAAGAGUAUAAAUAAAGAGUACACAUUUCAGUGCAGCUCAAAAUAUAUUCUUUUGACUCAUUUUUACUUCUGGUAAAAAUUAACUGGGGGCUCAACCGGGAUGGCAAAUUUAUUUGCUAUCCAAAAAGCCAGAUUUUAUUCCGAAAGGACUAAAUCAAAAAAUUCCACAGGAAGUAGGACUUCCAGCACUAAAUGUCUGAAAAAAGUGCAGAAAAAAUUGGCAAUGAAUAUAAGUAUAAGUCCUAUAACAGCGGACAAUACAUCCAGAAUGCAUCAAAGCAGAUCCUGAAAAAACGGACAGCGGCGAAUUCAGCAAGGUUCACAACAGACCCUGGAACAGCGGACAGCGACAAUUCCUGAAAAAGUGGAACAAGGUAAAAAAGUAUAGGUCCUGAAAUAAUGGAUAAUACUUUCACCAAUAUUCGCAAUAGACCCUGAAAAAGCGGACAACGUUGAAUCCUGAAACAUUUUACAGUUAAUUAUAAGUUAGGAAGAAGCAAAGAUGCCCCAACUCCAAGCACAAGUAACUGCAUUGAUGGUAAUUAUAAACAAGCAACAAGAGGAAUUUAUACAAAGAUUAUCCUCAAUCAAAAAGUGAAAAUUUCCACAAGCAACACCAAUUACCCAAAAAAGGCACCGAAAACAAGGCAAGCCAAAAUGGUAAAUUGUUGUUGAAUUCUAGAAAAUUAUCGCUAAUUCAAAACUAACUAAAAGGAAACGUUAUAUGUAACACGAAAAAAUCAUUAAGUAUAGAUAUGUAUUAAUUAUAAACAUAAAAAAUCAAACACAUACGAAAGGUAAAAAUGUUCACAAACACAGCCAAUAAUUCCAAAAAAAAGGCACCGAAAACAAUGCAAGCCAAAAAGGAAAAUGGUUGUUGAAUUGUAGAAAAUUGACGCUAAAUUAUAAGAAAAAAGAAAGUGGUUG